GCCGCGACUGAUUGAUUUGAUAAUGGCCCAAGCCGCAGGGACAAGAGGGCAAGCUCGAAGACAAAUUCACUGUAGACGCAAAAUAAAAUUCCACCGCGCCCAAUACUUGAACAAUUUUUCGUAAUGUAUCGGUAAUCCGACCCCUUCUUCCCCUUCUCCUUCUCCCACCACAAAUGCUAGAACAACAAAUACAUAUCUACGUAGAUGCAGCCAUCAUCACCACAUCCGCCAUUCAUCUAAUACCUAAUACGUAACCAUGGUCGGUAAAGUUAGCGAGAAAGUCCUCCUUCGGGAAGGACUUGAACGAACCGACAAUGGCAUGAAGCAGACGAGCUGGCCUGAUGUUACGCCAAUCAACCAAAAGAACUAUUACACGGAUUACAUGAAACGCGAUGACCAAAUACUAGCACUUCGACUGCAGGCCGAGGCGAAUAGAGAUAGACUCGUUCAGAGUGCAAAGGAUCGUGAUCGUGCUCUUGCGCGCAACGGACACGCUGAGGUACCGCUACCAGUUCCAGACAUCCAACCCGAGGAUGCUGCUCCGGCAGUCAGCGAGGGCUUGGACCCUUCCAAGGUUAUUGUGAUACAUCCGGGGAGUCAAAAUCUUAGAAUAGGUUUUGCUAGCGACGCCUUGCCCAAGACUAUACCUAUGGCAAUUGCAACCAAGUUCCCCCAAACCGAAUCCGAAAUGUAUGAGGCUCUUCCUCGCCGACAGUUUGAAGCCGCGACUACAGACCAACAAUACGGCGAGGAGUGGUCUAAGAAGUAUCAGAAGAUGUCCAAUGAUCUCAAGGUGGAUAUGCGAUCUAGGAAACUUAGAGUGCUGCCAAAUUCGAAAGAAUUGGUUGUGAAUCACAACAGACGAACUGAAUCCAAAGAGAUCUCAUUACAUAAUGACCCUCUCCAGAUCGAAUGGACCGACGUUAAGACUCUCGAAGAUCCCAACUCGCUCGCCUCAUGCUUCAUAGGUCAGGCGGCUCAGCGCAUUCCCGACGACUCUAACCCCAAAUUCAAGCUAUGGUGGCCGAUGCAACACGGCUGGCUAAACGAGGACGAUUAUACGACUGCAGAACAUUUAUAUGACGACUUCGAAACCCUCCUAGACAAGGCUAUUAGACAGGAGCUUGGACUGACGAGGAAUAGUACAUGGAAGAACUAUAGCUGCGUCUUCGUGAUUCCUGAUUUAUACGACAAGAAAUACGUGGAACAGAUCCUCAAAUCGUGCAUGACUUGGUUCGAAUUCAGUCGGAUAUGUUUUAUUCAAGAAAGCAUGGCUGCGACAUUCGGUGCUGGGUAUACGCAAGCGUGCGUAGUCGAUGUCGGGGCCCAAAAGACCUCGAUUGCAUGUGUCGAAGACGGACUAUGCAUCGAGGACUCCCGCGUCAACCUCAAAUACGGCGGCUACGACGUGACGGAAACAUUUAUGAAGAUGAUGCUUUACGACCACUUUCCUUACCAGGAUAUUAAUCUUAGGAGACGGUACGACUUCCUCCUAGCCGAGGAAUUGAAGAUCAAAUAUUGCACCAUGGCCCAGAAUGAUAUUUCGGUACAACUCUAUACUUUUCACCUCCGCGCCCCGAAUCAACCGACGCGCGAGUACAGCUUUAAGACAUACGAUGAGGUCAUCCUCGCCCCGAUGGGCUUUUAUGAACCGGCCAUAUUUGAUAAUUCAGCCAAGAUACGCAGUCGGCGCAAACUAAUCGACCGCUCCUACAAUGCGUACGACGUCGACGUGCCCGACGAUCCUGUUUCUGCAGCACAGACCGCCAUUCUUGCUCUCAUCAAGCCUUCCGUAGUCUCCAACGCCAACGGUUUCUCGUCCUCGUCUCUCGACCCAAACCUUGCCACGCCCAUGAAGGAGAAGUCUCAGCCCUUCAACUUUCUUAGGGGCGACCUUAACAACGGGACGCCAGGUGGCUCAGCCGCAGCCUCGCCGGCCCCCGAAGGAGCAGCUACUCCCGUACCACCGACCUUCCACUUCGGCGCCAACGGUUCGGUAACAGGGACCGGUAGCCCAGCACCGAACGGAACAUCAACCGCGCGCAACGGGGCGUCCCCGGCUCCACCGGCAGGCAUGUUUGUAGACUCGGCUGCGCGCACGGCUAAGGCACUAGCCGCGGAGCGUGAUGCCGUGUUGCCCGUGGUACCGCUCGACAUCGCGAUCCUGACGAGCAUCCAGAACGCAGCCAAGGGCGACGACAAGAAGCUGCGCGAUUACAUCGGCAGCAUCAUGGUUGUGGGCGGGGGCUCCAAGACCCCCGCCUUCACGCAGACGCUCCACGAGAAGCUCAAGGCUCGCCGUCCCGAACUCGCUGACAAGGUGCUUAUCACGCACUCGGCUCGCGACAUGGACGAGCAGGUCGUCGUCUGGAAGGGCGCCAGCGUCUUCGCCAAGCUCCCGGCCAACGACUCCUGGAUCACGCCCUUUGAGUUCGAGAGGUUGGGCGCCAGGGUCCUGCACCAUAAGGUGCUUUGGGCUUGGUAGGCAGUUAGUUGGCUAGCCCCCGAGGUACCUAGGUGAGCGGUUGCGAAGAGAAGUAAAUAAGGAGGUUUAGUUGGGCCAACUGCCCUGCCCCUUAAUGAGUGAGUGAGUGAGCGGAGUGUAAGCGGGAAGAGGGCAGAGGGCAGAGCGGUAAGGAGAUAAACAUACACAUACAUGCAUACAUGCAUACAUGCAUACGUAUCUGGGGCGAAGACGACUUUAGCUUCCAUGUAAUCGCUCACGUACCACGCGUGUCUUGUCGUCGAGGCGGUUGUUUUUUCUUCACAGGGAAAGUAUUAUUUAUCUGAUCGUACUCUCUAGGGUCGGUAGGAUUUGUAUGGCGUUGGUGGUUGGGUUGUUCCCCCCGUUUUUCUUUUAGAUAGGAAAAGAUUUAAGAGAAACAAAAUGAAAAAGAGACGCUAACUAAUUAAUUUACGAA